AGGAGAGAGAGGAGAGCGAGAGCAGAGGAGGAGCGCAACUUUAAACUCGUCUCUCUCCUUCUGUCUGUCAGCGCGUGUUCUACAGCGACAGGUUCAAAUAUCGAGUCCAAGAUUGUAACACUGGAAACGCGUCCAAUUUUUUCCAACAAGGACUUUGAAUCCACGGGAGAAGAAGAGGCAGCAGCAGCAGCAGCAGCAGCAGCGGAUGAAACACACUUCACUCCAGAGACACUCACGGAAAAGAUUUAAAGACUCUCUGCAUCAACAGGACAGCCCAGAAAGCAUGGUUUAAAUGUGCACAGCAUUAUGGGUCCCACCAUACAUCCCUACCAGGAGUGUUGCCGAACGAUGGUGUCAAGAGGUCAGGAUUCCCUUCUGUCGUCUGGGAACUCCUAUUUAGUUCCACACUGAGCUGGCACUCGUCUUCCUCAGUGAGUUGGACAUGAACAUAAGCAUGAUUUCUAACGGAUCGUGCAAUGACAAUCACACCGUGAAUGAAAGCGGCACGCCAUUCAUAAGCACCGUCAUGUUUCUGGCUGGUGUGGUGGGGAACCUCCUGGCCCUCUUCAUCCUCGGGGUGCACCAGAAGGAGCAUCGCUCCAGGUCCUCGCUGUUCUGCAUCCUGGUGACUGGCCUGGCCGUCACCGACCUGCUGGGCACGUGCCUCCUCAGCCCGCCAGUGUUCAUCUGCUACGCCCAGAACAUGUCACUGCUACUUCUGGGUGGCAAAACCCUGUGCAACAUCUUGGGCUUUGCUAUGAGUUUCUUCGGCCUGGCGCCCACACUCAUUCUGUGUGCAAUGGCUGUGGAGCGCUGCCUGGCAAUUAGCCACCCUUAUUUCUAUGCUGUACACAUCCGUCGCAGCUUUGCCAAAAUCACGCUUGUCUUUAUUUAUCUAUUUUCUUUGGCCUUCUGCCUCCUGCCAUACGCCGGAUAUGGCAAGUUCAGACAGUAUUGCCCCGGGACGUGGUGCUUCAUCGACAUGGACGCGACAGGGGACGAGCAGGCCAACUUGAUGCUGGCCUUCUCUCUGUCCUACUCCUCGCUCAUGGCGCUGCUCAUCUUUGCAGUGUUUGUGUGCAACGGCUCAGUGAUUGUCAGCCUGCGCCAGAUGCACCGGAGCCAGAUGAUGCGGCGCGGCUCGGUCGUGUCGACCGGGAGAAAGAAGAAGUUGAGCCUGACCUGGUUCGGACGGGGAGAAGAGGAGAUGGACCACCUGGUGCUGCUGGCGCUCAUCACUGUCAUCUUUGUUGUCUGCUCCCUCCCGCUCACGAUUGCUGGUUUUAUCAACGCCAUUCACCCAUUUUCUGGUGACGCAGCGAACCUCACAGCCUUCCGCUUCUACGCCCUCAACCCCAUCGUGGAUCCGUGGGUCUUCAUCAUCUGCCGCAAGUCCGUGAUCCGUCACCUUUGCUCUCUGCUGAGCUGCUCCUUUGGCAAGGACGCCGUGAAGACAACGGCACACUGCGCUCUGUCUUUGCCCCUUGACAAUCACAUACAGCAUAAUCCCCCCGACGUGACAGUUUCCCAGUCCCCAUACUCCAGUUUACCUCUGUGACAGAAAUCCUUGCCUGUGGAGACUGGGGAGUCUUUCCUUUCUGAAGUACAAGGCGAGAUUCAAAUAUAAACAUGCCAAGUAGCAGUCAUUCUCGAUGAACUCGCGGGAAACAAUUGCACUAGGUCUUAAAUUGUCCACCGAUGGCUAACCCUAACCCUAAGUGCUGCUGUAACGUAGCACUAAUGGACACAUCAAACCAUAUCAUCACUAUAAAUCAUAUACUGUAAAAUCAGAAUGUAUGCACUCGGGUAAAGCUAUUAUGGGUGAACAAUAUGCAUGCGUGUUCUGUCUUCUUUUUCUGCCUCAUCCAAUCAAUUCUUUUCUUUAGGAUGCAGCCAGCUGGCUUUUAGCUGACCUGUGCACAGUUACAGCAUCUUUGACACUGGCGACACUUGACAUGAAGAGGGACCUGGAAGGACAAGGCUCGAUGUCGUGUUCAUCAUGAUCGGAAUUAUAACGUGAGUGGGAAGCACAUUAUUUGAUAAAGUGAAGAGGUGUAAUCGUGAUCCUGCCGGUGCCUAAAAGAUGAUCAUCUCAACAAGAGGAGGUGAACCAUUGACACAUGUUAACGGAGGUUUUUGAUGGUGAUACUUUGAGUCACUAUUAUGUGUUUGCAUGCAUGAAGUACAACCCUGAAGGGAAUGUUUUCAGUAUUUCAGAGUUAUGACUCAGAGUAAUUCAUGCAUUAAAGAACUUCUGAUUCUGAUGGACCGGUGUUCCCCCUAUGUCAGCUGAGAUUGGCACAGCGCCCUUAUGUGGAGGAUACAGUGGUUAUACAAUGGAUGGAUGGAUUGUGUUAAAUUAAAAGUUAAAGAAUUGGCUAAAUUUGCAUAAUAAUAAUUCAUAGCUCACCAUGAAUCAUUUUCUCAAGUUUCAUGGAAAAAAAUGUCCACCGAGAGUGGGCAGUGAAGCAGUUUCCUCCUCUUUGGAACGAAACAGUCUGACACGCUCUGCAGAUCUGGACAUCGAGCGUGAGGCUCAGGCUCCUGUGAGAAAACAGCAGGAAAACAUUUAGGGAAACACAGCGAGAGCCAGUUUGCAAGUGUCCUGGCCUCAGCCCAGGCAUUACCCUUUGCCUGAAUGUUCUGGAUGUGUUCCUGCUGUUGUGAACAUGUCUAACCCCCAAUUAUGUCCCGCUGUGUUCUUGUGUGUGAGAACAGCAAAUUAAAAAAUAUCCGGACUUCAUUUAUAUUUCCCAGAGUCCGUGUCUGACAGCGGCUCAAGCGUUUCUUUGGCGAUCGUCGGUCUUGAUCAGAAUUAGCAUAUUUCAAAAACAGAUUUUUAGAGAUACUUUAUACUUAAUGACUAUAAAGUGCGAGUGUGGAUUCCAGCUGUUUUGUGUUUACUCGGUGCUUGGGGAAAUGAUCUUGGUAUGAGACAUUUUCCAAUUAGUGUGUAAUCAUUUCUUGUUUAGAACAUGAGGCUGGUCGUCUGUAGUGAAGCAGACAAAAUAAUCAGCAUGUUCCAUGACUGACAGCUUUAACAUUGUACUGUAUUGCCCACAGUUCCACUUUCAACACAAACUAAAUACAUGAAUAUGAAUGUGUCAUUUAUGAUUACGGGGGUGGAGUGGCUAAGUGGUUCAGACCGGUAAGACUGGUACCCUGUGUGCGAAAGACAUCAUGGUCGCAAGUUCGACUCCACCCCUGGCUGUACUCAAUGCCGUUGUAAGUCGCUUUGGAUAAAAGCGUCUGCUAAAUGACAUGUAAUGUAAUUAUAAACAGAGUUCCGUAAUUUUUGAAGUACUCUAGUAGCCCAACAUAGCAGUAAAUGGCCGUCUUCAAACCUAACUCCUGUUGCCUACAGCUAGAGCUACCUACUAAAGAUGUCUGUAGCCCCUUUUCCACAAACAUGUCCAGGAACUUUGAUUACCAGGAACUUAUUUAUUUGAGGAGAAAGAAUUCCCAGUAAUCUGUGUGGUUUGCGUUUCCACCGCACCUCGAAGUUCUGGAAAACAACACUCAGACCUCGUCAUCCGUCCUAUUCUUUUGCUCCAUAUUUUUGAAAUGACUGUUAGUGAAAUCAAUAAGUUCUCCUUUCUUCGUCUUCUUUUAAAGGUCUUGUUAAAAGGUGGCUUGCAGCCGCAGUGGCUCUAACAGCUGCAAAAUGUGUUCCACCAAUCAGUGUUCUUCGGCACACAGCCCCGCCCCUCUAAGAGUUCCUGGUAAUCUGAAAAGUAGGUACUUUUUUUUCUGUGAAAGUUUGGGGUCACGGGAAAGUUUUUCUCUAAUUUCGGUGGAAACGCGUCAAGGUUUUUCAAAAUCCCAGCUAAAUGAGAUAAGUCCCUGUGGUGGAAAAAGGGUUUGAGACCUGAAUGAUGAGGAACCUUCACAGACAAACAUGAAAACAGUGAAUUGUUUUAAUUCAGGCUAAUGUUUGUGAUUGCAACUUUCAAAAUGUAGCUCUUAUCCUGUGUCAAGAAAGAAGCCAAUCCUAAAUGUGAGACUAUUCUAAAGCCUCUUAAGGUUUUUAACUCAGUUUAUCUACUCGUCCUGUUUGGUCUAUAGUGUCAUUGUAGUGCAUGAAUAUUAUUCCACCUCACUUAUUUCUAAGCUACCUAUGAUGAAUGUCCUUUUAUAGCCUUUUGCUUUUGAAGAAAAAAAACUGCUGCUGCUAAACGCACUGUGAGAAUGAUUUUGUUGUUGUGACUAAUGCUGUAACUAUAAUUUAAAUGUGCAUUAUUUAUGUCUUUCCACUGUGCUGUGAUGUUGUGCAUCCUCAUGAUUUUGUGGUUUAUACAGUGAAAUAAUAGAGGUAAUAACGUGGUGAUUUGAGUUUCGAGUUUCUUGCCGUGUUGCGCAUUCAUUUCUUGCUUAUUGCCUUUGAUGCUCAGUCAUGUCUGACCCGGCGUGAAUCACUUUGAGCAAAAGUUUUGAGUUUUAUAUCCAUUAAUUAAUUAAUUAUAUAUAUAUAUGUUUUUUUAAAGUAUACAGCACACGUUUUGUUAAUGUAAAAUAAAAUAAAAAAAAAAUAUAAGCAAAAAAUGGUCGCAACUUGUUCCAACAUAUCUUUGUUUUUCUGAUUUGUAGUGUAGCCAGUUGUGAAUAGUGAAAUGUACAUUUAUGAACAUUUGAUAAAGUGUUUCAAUUUAUUAAUUGUCAGAUAACAGUUAACGUUGUCAGAAUAAAAGAAUUGAUAAUGUUCGAGUUGUUUGGAAAUACAUUUAUUUUCUCUUGAAUGUGAUGUGUGGCGAUACAGAUUAGAAAUAUUGAAAUUGCUGUCAGUGUGUUCACUACAGUGGAAAUUAAAAACAGUAUACCAUUUUAGGUGUUUUUAUUAAUAAAAUGUGUUUUAGAAC